UUCUAGCGUAUCCUUGUUUAUCUCUCGGUUAAAAGUGAUUCUUUUCUGUCAGAAAAAAAUAGGUCAAGUUUUUGCGUGAUAUUUAAUAAAAGAAGACUAUACUUUAAAUGUAUUAAAGUGCUAUAGCCUAUAUUACUCACGGCCAUGAACUAGCAUCUACUGUCACGUAGUUGAAUAAUGUAGCCUAAAUUGUGCAACGACGUUUCAGUCAUAACUUCAGACUGUUUUAAAUCUCUUAGGAAUUUUUUUGGGAAGGGGCUGAUCCUUUUUUCCUGUUUACAACGCGACAUGUCCUUCCCUCGUGGACAUUUAAAAAUUAAAGCACAGAAAUUUAUCUUUCCAGUUUAUGCAGCUGUGUGUCAAAUGUACUGUAAGCGAAGUAACUGCAUCAUAGUUAAUUAAAUAAGAAACCAGAGAUGAUUAAAGUUUGAGUGGACUUUAAAUAUACAGGACUUUGUGCUACUGUAGGCUAUGUGAUCUGAACUAUCCUCCGGUCUGAAAUGAGCAUCUCCACUGAGGAACCCCUGUUGGAUUUAAUUGAGAGUGGGCGUGGCCUGCAGGUGUGGUCAGCCACACCCUACUUGAUCAGUCUUGGUAGAGGCUUUAUUACUUUGAUACCUCUAACUGAAGAAAUAUCACAGAUUGGUUUUGGGGAUGCAGAGUCGCCACAGAAUGUCAUCGGCGCUGAUGGUCCAGGGAUCCAGCCGCACCACUGUGCGAUCACCAACAGUGCUGGAGUUAUUACUUUACACCCCAAUGGAAAUAUGUGCCAUCUUGAUGGAGUUCAAGUCACCAAGCCAACAAAGCUCACUCAUGGGUGCACUCUUUGUCUGGGUAAAUCUUUUUUCCAUUUCAACCACCCAGAGGAGGCUAAUCACAUGAGGAACAUGCUGCCAGAAAAGACUGCAGGACCCACACUGUCCCUCAGUACGGAUGCAACAAAGUUUCAUUCAAAUGGCGGUACAUUGGUUGGAUCCAGUGUUCGUGGCACACGCUCCAAGGCGGAGCUUCAAGAGUUGAUGGAGAGCUUGCAGCGCAGGAAGUCUGCUCUGGAGGCCAGCUUAAAGGCUACUGCAGACCGCGGUUACCUCACUUUGUCCCCACCUCCCAGUCCCCAAUCGGCAUCAUCCUAUCUACAGGACCGUCCACCCCUUUCUAUACGAGUCCCUUCCCCUUACACACCCUCCAGCAGCUUGAGCAUGCCACCAUCGCCCCAUCACUCAGAGCGGCCCAUAAGUCCAGUCCCAACCCAAACUCGUGCCCGACACCAAUCACAGGACAGCCUGUUGCUUUGCCUCCCUUUGGACGGGCGACAUCCCAACACUGCCAACUCACUCCUUUCUAUGUGGAACGGCUGUUCUUCCUCCUACAUGACCGAUGCUCUUCCUUUAUCUCGCCGAGGUCCAAGCGGGGCAGCCAGCAUGCCCUCCAGUCCUCGCUUGGGGCGCAGGCUGCUAGCAAGAGAUGGGGAGUCGACCGUUGACCCAUCGCUCCGCCAAAGGAAAUACUCCACUGGAUCUCUGAAUGGCCUGGGAGGACAUAGUCGCUCUCUGCCCAGGUUGUAUCGAGGAGACGCUCCGGUGCUUUCUUUGCCACCCCGACGUACCACUAAACCACGCCGCAGCCUUCCAUCCUUGGAGAAGCCUCCAGAUGUGACCGUGACAGCCAACGUGACCAGCAGUUCUCGCCGGGCCAGCCUCUGUUCCGUGGGCUCUGCCCCAUGUUUGGAUCUAGGCGUAGGAGAAAGGCGGCUGUCGUUUGGUAAAGGAGGCCUGGGGCCCGGCAUGGGGCCGAGGAGGGGCAGUAUCAGUUCUCUCAGUGGAAAAGAAGAACUCCGAGAUUAUCAUCAGAGACAAAGAGAUGAGAGACUACGAGAACAGGAAGUGGAAAGACUGGAACGUCAGCGUCUCGAGACUAUCCUGUGCCUGUGCUCUGAGCUGGGCCGGUCUGAACUGGGCCGGAUGGAGACCGACUCUGGUGUCUCAGCCGUAUCGGACCUGCAGAAGAUCAACCGAGAGCUGGAGAAGCUGCAGGUGUCUGAUGACGAAUCUGUGUUCUCAGACUCUGCAGCAGUGUCUCUGGACAGCGGCUUUCUGGGUAAGGGUCGCGGAGAGAUCAUGACCCAGAGACAGCGCAGACUCAGCGGACACAGGGAGACCAGGCCCCAGUCACCCACCACCAGCCUGCGGAGCUCAGUCCCCUCACCCUCUCCACACCUCCGUAGCAAGCAGGUGUCUGAAGACAUGCAGCUGAGACAGGAAGUGACACGUAUUGAAGAGGAGAGGAUUCAGGUGCUUAACAACAUCGAGGAACUUGAACAGAAGAUCAGAGAUCUAGACACACAGAUGGACGAGUCUAUCAGAGAGAUGGAGGUGGAGAGAGCUCUUUUAGACGGGGAGCAGGAGGCAGAAGUGGCUCAGCUACAGAGCGAUAAAGAAAUGCUGGAACAGCUCAAUGAAAAAAUGGCCAACGUGGAGAAAAAUGCUCAGAAAAAUCAAACUCGGGACAAAGCCCUGUUGGAGGCAGAGAGAGUUAAAGUAGAGAGGCUAGCUGAGCUGAUCUCAGAGCAGAAGACCCAGUUGGACACCUGUCCUGAAGCACUGAAGGAGCAGCUCCAGAAUCAGCUAUCCAGGCUCUGGAAAUACCUUUUGUUCUUGUUGGACACUGAAGCUUUGGAAGCGGAAACGAAGCGUUUUGAAGAUCUGGAGUUUCAGCAGCUGGAAAAAGAGAGCCGUCAAGAUGAAGAGAAGGAGACACAGAUGCAGCAACUCCUUAGAGAGAUUGCAGAAUACCAGAGAUCUGUUGUCACUCGCAAGGAGAGGCUACUUACCCUGAAGAAACAGUCAACCCAGAUUACCCAGCAGGCACAGCGGGAAAAGGAGAACUUUUUGAAGGAAAAGAGCAACCUCAUUUAUAUGCUGCAAAGGGAACGGGAGAACCUUGCAUCUCUGGAAAGGAAGUACUCUGAGCUGACAGGUGGUCAAGCCUUUCCUCUCAACCCUGUGUCCAUGAAGGAGCACUUUCGCUCUCUGGAGGAGAGGAGGCGGAGCAAUGGCAGUAAAGAGGGCGGAGUUCUGUUGAGUGACGGCGGAAUGUCCCGUAGAAGAGAGAGGCAGAGCUCCGGAACCUUAAACUCUGCCCUUAAUCGCAGUCUGUCUCCCAAGGUCAGACAACAGAUACGGCACAUAGGAAAAUCCCAUAUGCCACUGUCUCAAAGCUCUAGCUGUGGUAGUGUACUCCCCCGCACUCUGUCUGUCACCUCGCGUGACCUGGACACCCGCCGCCUGCUCAAGGCAGGUCAGCUGUUUUUGAAUGACGAGAGGCAGAGAAUGAGCGAGAUGUCAAAUAGAACAGUUUCUGAGACAAAUGUCUUCCUGGAGCCAUUCCACUACAUGGAUAAUGGACUCAACUUUGACACAAUGAGUGUGGACAGUACAGAAAGCCUAGAGACCAGCAUUUCCGCCUGUUCACCCGACAACAUCUCAAGCGCCAGCACAGCUAAUGUGGCAAAGAUUGAGGAGAUGGAGCGUAUGCUAAGAGAAGCUCAAGCUGAGAAGAACAGGCUGCUGGAGCACAGGGAGCGGGAGAUGGACUUGCGCAGACAGGCUCUUGAAGAUGAGAGGAGAAGGAGGGAGGAAUUGGAGAGGAGACUGCAGGAAGAGACAAACCGAAGACAGAAACUAGUAGAGAAAGAGUCUCGUCCGUUGACACGAUACCUCCCAGUGAGAAAGGAUGACUUUGACCUGAGAGGUCACAUCGAGGCGGCGGGUCACCAUCCUGAAACUUGUUUUCACCUGGCCAUCACUGAGAAGACCUGCAGGGGGUUCUUGGUCAAAAUGGGUGGGAAAAUCAAAACCUGGAAGAAGCGCUGGUUCGUCUUUGACCGAAAUCGAAGGACGCUGGCAUAUUAUGCGGAUAAACAUGAGACCAAAAUGAAGGGUGUUAUCUACUUCCAAGCCAUCGAGGAAGUGUAUUACGACCACCUAAAGAACGCACACAAGAGCCCAAACCCCUCUCUGACGUUUAGCGUGAAGACACAUGACCGGGUUUAUUACAUGGUGGCUCCUUCCCCAGAGGCCAUGAGAAUCUGGAUGGAUGUUAUCGUCACUGGAGCAGAGGGAUAUACGCACUUCCUGGUGUGAGCAGGACUCAUUUUUGUUUAACGACAUUUAACAAGCCCAAAGUGACCUUCACACUUCAGCUCGGCCUGCUGAAAGGGUCCAGAUAAUGGGCUCAUUUUCCACAUCCCCCUUUCUGAAGAGGUUACACUUCUUUGAUUCUCUUUUAUCAGUACUGAUUGUGACGUGAGUGUCGACUGUACGUUUUGCAGACAUCCAUGACCUAGUUUGGAAAAAUUGGUGCUUUACCCACUGCGUCCUGUCCUGAGUUUACAGAGGCAGCUUUCAGACUCUAGAGAGGUACCAACUCUUGAAUUUUUCGCCCCGUUUUGUUCACUUCCGGGGUGAGACUUAGAACAGCUGUAAAUAAGAAAUCACUCACUGGUCUUCACAUUUCACAAAUGUGUCAACUUACAAUGAAGCUGGAUAUACCUCAAAGAUUAACUGUCGUGCUUGUUAAAACCAAACACCAAAAACAAACUGUUCCUUGAGUGCCAUACAGACUCUUAACAAACAUCAGGGUAUUGUUCAGUGCUGUUUUUAUAUCCAGUACAGUACUGAACAUGAAUUUAUACACUUUGUGUUUUAAUUGACCCUUGUAUCUCUGUACACUUUGUAUUAUUCCCUCAUUUACCAAGUGCCUUACGUUUGUCAAUAUCUGAUGAGAAUAGCUAUGUAUUUAGCUAUAAGACUUGUAGAAGAGACUGUGGUUAUUAUAAGUGUUAUUUUGUAUCGACCAAUUGUGCCUCCCUGAUGCUCAGGAACAUUCCAGCAGGAAGAAUUUAGCACCAAAGACGAGCUGAAUUUGUGUUUCAGCAGGAUAUGAAUGUAAUAACUGACACCCAUCAAUUAAGAUCCCAUCUUUAAUAGAUGAGGCUCUUGAUAAUUUAGCACAAAUGCAUUUUGAUUGGAAUCAUAGAUUUGUUGAUUGUGUGUUGUACUAAUUGACCAGCAGAGGGUUUUACUUUCAAUGAUAUUGAAAUGAUUACAGAAUUUACUCACUGUAAGAAUUUCAUUUGACCGUUAAUCUGAAAUAUAAGAUGUUAAAAGUUUAGUUUUGUUACCACUGAACAAAUCUAUAUUAUAUAUACCAUUCAUAUAGUAAUCUAUAUUAUAUCAGACUCGGGGCGUAAUAGCGUGUCUGAACUUAUUGUGUAUCUAGUGUUAUUUUUGUUAUGUAGGAAUCAGUAUAUUUUCAUUUAGAGUAAUAAUAAUACAGAAAUGAUAUGAAUAUUGAUGUCAAGAAGAAAUGCCAUGGUUGUCGUAUUAGGAAUAAAAUGAACACACAGGUGCUAUCUGACAGCAAAACGUUGUCUAGUUCAGUGGUUCUCAAGUGCUUUUGCUUCAGGAACCAGAUUUUCAGAAAUGUAGCCUUUGACGUCAAUAACUAAUGAUACGGGGUGUUUUUCCUCCUUUUUAAAAGUUUUACCAUCCAAAUGAUGUGCAGUUUUAAAAGUAAUUGAAUUUUAUUUGCAUUGUUUUUUCCAUGCUGUCAUACUAGUUAAGAACCACUGACCAAAUCGUCAUAUCUGUCAUUUAGCCUCAUUUGAAUCUUUUUUGGCUGUGAAAUGAAUUCAUUUUAGUUUACCAGCCAGUAGAUCAAUGCUCAGUGUUGGGAAGGUUACUUUGAAAAUGUAAUAGGUUACAGAAUACAAGUUACUCUAUUUAAAAGGUAAUAAGUACACUGUAAAAAUAAAAAUAAAAAAAUUGAGCGAACUUAAAAAAAAACAUUUUUUACCAGCUUCAGCAGAUUUUUGAGUUUGCUCAACUUAUUUUUGGGGAUUCUCACAUUUUUGUUGUAUAAACUUAAAACAACAAGUUGAGAAAACUCAAAAAUCUGCUGAAGCUGGUUGCCUUAAAAUUUGAAGUUGGCUCAACUUUUUUCUUUUUCUUUUACAGUGUAGUGUAACUAUUUUAAUUACUUUAUUAAAGGAAUGUAACUGAUUACAUUUACUUUUUGAUUACUGUUCCAAAUUUCUAACAAAUGUUUUCAACUUUCAAGACAAAACUGUUUUCUUAGAGGUGCUUUUUCAGCUUUCAUUCAGUAAACAAUACAGUACAUUACAGGAUAAGCACAGCAAAGCUUUAUAUAGAUCACAAUAUCAUAAAUAUCUUUUUUAUAUUCAGCGUUUAUCAGUAUUUUUUAAACCUUUCAGUGUUUUUUUUUUUUUUUUAUAUAUAAAAGCAAUAUUUUUAUUGUAAGCAUGUUUUUAGCUCAUAAAAUGUGAACCAUAAUAAAAACAUAUGAACGAGUAAAACAAAUACGUUUUUUC